AUGGUGAAGGAUAGAGACACUGUUAUCAGGGAGUUCAAUGAUCUCGUCAACAUGAGUCCAAACGAACUGCGUGAUUGGCUCAAAGAGGAACAGUCAGUUUCAUCGGGAUGGAAUAACGAUUCAGGAGAGACUAUUGGCCAUGAAAGUGGUCGGAAGAUUGUGGAAAUUCUUGAGCACAACCCCGACGAGGAUCCAUCCGGUUACUCAGAUGAAGAGAUCGACCACAUGCGCCGUGUGGUAUCCUACUGCAAACGCCACUUAGCCCAGGAGGAGAGCGCGAAACGCAACCCCGAAAGCAAAAGUUAUAGAUCUCUCAAGAAUUGGGGACACGAUGCGCUGAAGGAGUAA